CUGUCAUGGCGGCAAACUUGACAGCCGAUGAAGAGGACGGCUGGUUUGUGGCUCAACAGGAGCAACCGUGGUGGCAAUGGUUGCUACGUCGAUUCAUCGCUUCAGGACCAAUCCCGAGACACGUGGCAUUCGUGAUGGACGGAAACCGACGUUUUGCAAAGACAAAACAUUUGGGAAAUGUUAUCAAGGGGCACGAAAAGGGAUUCACACAACUUGCGAAAAUUCUUGAUUGGUGCAACCGUUUCGGUAUUCGAGAAAUCACAGUUUACGCUUUCAGUAUUGAAAAUUUCAAACGAAGUGAAGAAGAGGUCAGCGGGCUUAUGCGACUGGCAGAAGAGAAAUUCCAAAAAUUGCUCAACGACUCUGAGAAACUGGAUGAAAAACGAAUUUGUUUCCGAUUUUACGGAAAUCGAUCGCUUCUCUCGUCACGCCUUCAGAAAUUAAUGAGUGAUAUUGAACAUCGAACAGAGAAUUUCGAUGGAGGAAGAUUAAAUGUUUGUAUGCCAUAUACUUCAAGAGAUGAAAUUGCAAGAAGCUUUGAAACUAUUCGAAAACACGUAAAAGAUGGGAAAGUCAAUGUGGAUGAGAUCAACGAAUCAAUGAUUGAUGCGUGUUUGGAUAGUGGAUGUGGUGGAACUUCUCCAGAUUUAUUUAUUCGAACAUCCGGUGAACAUCGACUUUCGGACUUUUUGAUGUGGCAAGCAUCAGAAACUCAUGUCUACUUUGAUGAUGUUCUUUGGCCUGAAUUUGGAUAUUUUAAUCUGUGUAAAGCAAUUCUAAAUUAUCAAUAUUAUAGAACUACUGUAACAAAAAUGACAUCUUCGAAAGUAUCUGAUGAUAAUGCUACAUCGUGGAAAAUGAAUUUCAGUGGAAAUGAUCGAGAUUUGAUUUCCGUCAAAUCGUGAUCUUCCCAAACUUCUUUUUUUGCGAUUUUUAAUUUAAAUUCUUUUAUUUAUUUUUCUCUCUAGUCUCUCUCUCUCUCUCUCUCGUUGUUUUAUAUUUUUCCUGCUCUCUUCUUCAUGUUCCGCUUCGUUUUUUUUGUUUCGCUUGGGGUGUCAUGUUCAUGACAAUAAACUUUCCUGUUUUCAG